UUGUGUGCCUAUCCACGUUCCAAACUGCACAAUUGCAGUAAUUACCUGUUUAAAUGGCUUGCCUAUUUAUCAGUGAUUUCAUUCUUCUCUUUCCAUGCUUGCUAACUUCUGCGGUUAUCAUUCAGUGCAGUGUGAAUUUGCAUUAUCAUGUCAAGGCCUGUUGAGAGAAUAGCAGAGAUCAAUGAUGGAAAAGAGCUUUGGAAGAUUGUUGUUAGGAUUCACCACAGAUGGAAUGUUGUCUCCAACAACAAGGAACAUUUUGAAAUGAUCUUUGUUGACAAAUUGGGAGAUGAUAUUCAUGUUGUUGUUCCAGCACCGCAUGUGUCGGUGUUCACCGAAAAAUGCUUAUUAGGGCAUACUUAUACUGUAUCUAAUUUUAAGGUGGUGCCUUAUGUUCUGGCGUUCAGGGCAUCGGGACACAAAUAUAUGAUAAAGUUUACUGCUGGAACGUCUGUUCUUGAUGAAGACAAACAUGAGAUACCCCCGAAAUCGAUUUUAUUUACAAGUUUUUCCGACAUCAUAACAGGGAGGUUUGACAAACAUCCGUGUGAAAUUAAUAAAUUUAUUUCAGAUGUCGUUGGAAUGGUGGAUAGUAUUGGUUAUGCACAGACUGAGUCGGGUGCAAAGAAGCAGCAAAUUAGCAUGAUGUUGCGUGACCACAGCAACAACAUGUUGAACUGCACUCUGUGGGAAUCAUACGCGGAUCAGUUCAUCAAUUUUAACAAAGUUAGGGUUGCUGAAUCACUCCCUACAGUUGUGUUGCUUCAGUAUGCCAAAGUGAAGGAAGAAGGAAAGUAUCCUCUGUCUGUGACAAACACCUACAAUGUGACCCUUUUAUGUGUUGAUGCUGAUUUUCCUGUCAUGAAAGACUUUAUUGAUAGAAUGCCUGAGGAGAGCAGGGUAUCCCUGUCUGAACAACUUGGAGGGAAUUCCCAAUAUUCCUCCCAAAGUUCUGAAAAUCAACAGCUCACUCCUGUGCAAAAAUUGUUCUCAAAGGCUAUUGUUUUGCCUAUUGCUGAGAUUAUUCAACUUACGGGUGUUACAUUUUGUGCUACUGUCGCUACAACAAAAUUAUUAGUAGCAUCUCCGUUUGGAUGGUACUAUCGUGCCUGUCAUAUGUGUCAAUCUAUAGCGCGUGGGGACAGCCCCCCCUUUGAGUGUGAAGGUGGUCAUGAAACCAUGGCUGAAGUCCUUAGGUUUUAG